GAAAUUGUACUACUGAAAAAUGAAGCUGAUCGGAUGUUGAACGAACAUGCUAGCAUGGAAAGCAAACUGAAGGCAAACUUUGCUGAGUUGAACCGAACUGCAGAAGUUGUUCGAAAACUGAACAAGGGAAAAGCAGACCUGAAUGAACUACUUUCCUUGGGAAGACAACAUGGAGAUCUAACUGGAAUAGGGUACACUGGUAGGGAAGACAUUCCUGAGACCUCAACUGGAGCUUCAAAUGUAAAACAUACCU